CACAAAUACAUAUGCAUGUUACUGCAUAUCUUGUCGUGUAAAUGUUAUCUAGACAAGCAAUUACCAUCAGCGAUUGUUUGUGAAUGUGGCAUUGCUAAGACCGUGCACAAAAACAAUUGGUGAAAUUGACAACCUGUGAUAUAAUUACAGGCACGCUUCGUAUUGCUGCCAGCAUGUGCACAAAAUAUACAUAUUGGAUCAGGUGGAAGGCAAAUUGACCCAGGAUCUGAUAAGCUGAUGUGAAUAUAGCAUGGGUUAUGUUACACGUGAGGCGGUGGAGUUGGAGCAGCAGUGCACCCUGCUCGAAGAACCAACUGGCGGCACGCCUGCUUCCGGCUCCGAUGAUGAAUCACAGCCAAAGCACAAAAUGCGUGCCAAAAGAAAUAUCUAUAGACGACAAAGUAUGUGCUAUUAUCUACCCAGAUGCUUAAAGAGAUUUGGCUGUUCCAUGCGAUACCAACUACUCAGAUGCUUUAAGAGAUUCGGCUAUUUUAUGCUGUGCAGUUUCUUCAUAUUAAUGCUGUACACUAUCGUGCAGUACUUUUGUAUUGACGUGCAAAAAAGACAUGUUUCGCUGUCGGAUUGGGCGGCAAACGCGUCGCUGGACCUCAAGGACUACAUACAGGCACAGCAGGAGACGGCACUCAUAAUGCCGCGUGACUUUUGUCGCAACAAAACGUUUCUAAUCAUUGCCGUCUGCACCGGUUUGAAUAACUUUGUGGCACGCCAGACGAUCCGGGAAACGUGGGGCAAUACAACAGAAUUCAAUUAUGCCGCCUUUGGCAAGCUGCAUGGCCAUAUGAAGGGUCAUUAUCUGCCGGCAAUGGAUUCACGCCUGCAGCUCUAUGCCGAUUACCUAAGCGGUGAGGGUGAAACCUUAACGGCCAAGGUGCGCAUUGUCUUCAUUGUGGGCCGCAGCAAUUACGAAUCCCAACUGGGCAACGAGACGCUGAUACGUCUGCACAACGAAGCUGAAAUGUACAACGAUAUCAUUCAGGAGAAUUUCAUUGAUUCGUACAAUAAUCUAACAUUGAAGUCCGUUUCGGCAUUGAAGCAUAUCAGUAAAAGGUGCUCCAAGACGUGCGCCUUCUUUCUGAAAUGCGAUGAUGACACCUUUGUCAAUGUGCCGAAUCUGUUGCAUUUUCUGCUCGGCGGCACAGUUCCCCUCUAUAAUGAUACACUGGACUAUCAUGACCGUGGCUCGAUGUUGGUCAUGUCGCCGCAGAAUCGACUGAAUGCCACCAGCGGGAUCAUGCGUGGACAUCAGUUCUGCAAUGUGGUGCCUGUCAGCGAUGUGACAAGCAAAUGGUAUAUGCCCUACUAUAUGUACAAAGAUGAAGCAUAUCCCAAGUAUCUGUCCGGUGCCGGUUAUCUAAUGUCCAUUGAUGUUGUCGAGCGUUUGUUUGAGGCCUCGUUGAACACAACGCUAGUUUAUCUAGAAGAUAUUUUCAUAACUGGUCUCUGCGCGAAUCGUGCCAAUGUCAAGCGGCAGCAUCAUGCGCUCUUCAGCUUCGCCCACUCCCCGCAUUUGUGCGCCUUUAAGGGCAGCAUAACCCAGCAUCAGGUGAGGGAGGAGAGCAUGGCGGACGCGUGGCGUUUUGUUUCAAAUUACAGCAUACAAUGCCCGCCACCGGGACGUUACUUAAAUCAUAUGCGAUUAAGGAAUCGAAAUAAUUGUUAAAGCACAAGAGCUG